UCCUGCACGCUUCUCCUUCUCUCUCUCUGUUCUCCUACUAUGAUUCUGCCUCCACUGCACCGUACAGAGCCACUACAUUCUCCAGCAACUCUUAAUUAGCAAUUGCUGCAUCGCCUUUUAAAGAGAGAGGAGCAGGAGAGAAAAUGAAUUAAGGAUCCAAAGCUCGAUGGAGAGAAGAUCGAUAGCUAAAUCUAAAGGGAAGAGCACUACUGUUGGUGGUGGUGGUGCGAACUGCAAAGGUGGAUCAGUUUCUCCGUCGAGAAAAUCAGAUGAAAAUGGGCAAUUGAAGGGCUGGGAAGAUGAUGGGGAAGAGGAGGAAGAGGAGAUGGAUUUCUGCCAUGAGAGUGUGAGGAAGAAGAUGGGGGUUUUGGCGAAGUUGGUGGGAAUGGAAGGGUGCGGCGGCCAGCCGGCGGUGGUGCUCACAGAGGUUGUGCGCGUUCUCAAGGAGUUGGACGGUCAAGCCAGGGUUGUUUGUGGCUCAACUAAACCUUCUGAUACCUCUCCUUGUGGACUUUAGGAACAAACAAAUAACGACCAAAUGACCAUACAUAAUUUUGUACUCAAAAUAAGUGGAGUACAGUAUUGUUUGUGUAUUCUGAUACUCUGUCUGCAAUUAAUUAUUUUUUUGAAGCAAUUUUUUUUUUUUUUUUACUUAAAACUCUUC